GACGACCAUAGAUUUCCCCCUCCGUCACGGCCGCGCGAUACAUCCGACAUUGCCGAGCUGGGAGGAAGCUGGCAGCCCCCCAUCGAAAUGCCGGACAACUGAUGAAAGCUCUCAGAGGCUUUGACGGGUCGCUACGCGGCGCGAUCCGUUCGAAACGACCGUCGAACUCGCCCAACGUUGGACCAACACCAAAGCUGCGGGCUCGCGAACGAUCCAGAAAGUCCGCACGCACAGCCAGAAUACAAGCAACACCAUCUUCCACUGUAUACUUUACAUGCAAACCGUCUUUGCAGAUUCCACACUGCCCUCUCACAGCGUCAUGGCUUCUUUCGACUUUCCUGCCAGGACCUUCACGCAUAGUCGUAAGCCGCUCGACGUCAAACCCGUUCCCUGGACGCCGCCAGCAAUGCCGCCAAUAUGGCCACGCUGCCGCAAUCGCAUCUUGCGGUGCCCAGCCCGAUCACACAGGAUAUAUGCUGCAGCGGAAGAAGGACCUUCUCGCAGUUGUCGGCGAUUACCGCAUCGGAGCUGUGGAGGAUCACCUCGAGCUUGUCAGAGACCCUUACAUGCGGCGGUACGCUCGACCAGACGGCCCGAACCUGACGAUAUCGGACAAGAAGGAGGACUCGCAGUACCCAAGCUCCGAUCAAACGCUUCGAGGCGAUAGAAAGGUGGCCAAGGAUGCGAACACAUUGCGCAUGAGCAUAAGCUUACGCUUGAGACACCCCGGCCACAUUGGUCUCAGGACUAUCUAUCGCCAAUACAGCGCUUUGCCGACGCCACGAAUGCUUUACCUAUCGGCAAAUUUACGGCACCGUUUGCUCAAGGUGCUAGGCACACCCAAGACGAAAAACUCGAAAUCAAUGCUCCGUUAUUUUUCAGUCAUUGGCGACGUCAAAGAUUGUGGCCUAAGUUUGCAGCGUCGAGAGUGGAAUGCCGCCUUGGCACUUGCCAGUCAAUACGCACGAAGCAUCACCGACGCUGAGGCGGAAUCGGGACUGCACCUUUGGAACGAGAUGGAGAAGAGCGGCGGACACUUGGGCAAUGGGGUGACUUUUAACAUUCUAUUCGACGCAGCGGCCAAGUCGGGCAAUUUCACCCUGGCCGAGCGCAUAUACAAGGAGAUGGAGUCGAGAGGGAUUGAGUUCAACCGGUACCACCACGUCAGCUUGAUUCACUUUUUCGGCCUACGAGGUGACGUUGACGGUAUACGGGCCGCAUACAAAGAAAUGGUCGAGGCGGGGGAGAUGAUCGAUACCGUCGUGCUCAAUUGUCUCAUCGCGAGCUUCUUCCGUGCAGGAGACGAAGACGCCGCCCUCCGAGUCUACGACCACAUGAAGAAUGGUGGCUCCAAGGGCGCAACGAUUCCUUCCCCAGACUAUCACGCAAACAGGGUCGUUGCCCAAGUACUCAUAAUGUUUGGUAAGGUCGGACAGCAGCAUCCUGCUAUGCGAUCAUCCUUUCAACAACUAGCAAGCACGACACCUGAUCUCCGCACAUACCGCAUACUCAUACGACAUCAUGCCAUCAAGGGCAAUCUCAAUCGCGUCGUUCAAUUCCUCGACGAGAUGAAGCGCUUCGAUGUUCCCUUGCACGGCGCCAUCUUUCUCCUCUUAUUUAAGGCAUUUGCGAACCACGGGGGCCACAGACAGUCCGCCUGGACCAAGGACCGGCUUCAGAACCUAUUCUCAGCACUGCUGCAAGCGGUCGACAAUGGUGUCAACAAUCUUUACAUAGACACGUGGCUUGCCGGCUGGGCUCUCAAAGCGUGCAUGCGAUGCGGCGACGAGAGCUUAGUCCUCGAUACAUAUGUUGAGCUCAAGGCACGAUGGCAAUUGCCGCCGGAUCGGGAAGAGUACAUGGAGCAUUUCUUGCACCAGCUGCUAAACGACAGUCACACGGGGUGGUCAAAGAAGCUUGGCCACCGCAAGGCGCCUCACCAGCGGGGAUUAACCGCGAUGUAAUACCAUUCCAUGUACCGAUAGAUAGAUGAGAUACCAUGUAGACAACGGCUUGUAAUGCUUCUUAGAUAU